GGGCCAUUGCCCAGCGUCACCUAGCUUUGUUAAUUUCCCUGUCACUUGCUGUUGUGAUUUAUGGUCCAGUUCUGACUCCAAGAUGCUUUCUUCACAUGUCGGAAAAAUGCCCUCCUGGCGAAGAGCCCAUCCUCCCAGGUAGAGGGAGACUUUGCCAUGGCCCCUCGGGGCUCCGACCAGGAGGAAUGUGAGGGUCUACUGCAGCAGGGGCGAGAAGAAGGGCCAAUUGAGGGGCUCUCAGCUGUGAACGAGAGUCCCUUUGUGGAUAAGGGACUAGCCCAGAGCAGUCUGGCGCUCCUGAUGGAAAAUCCUGGAGAACAGGAAGCUGCUUCAGAGGACAAGUGGUCCAGCAGGCCGCUGAGUGACCUGCAGGCAUCAGAGAACCUGGAGGAUCCUUUCCCAGAGGCGCAAGGAGAGGAGCCACUGCCAGAGGUCGAGGAACCUGUGUGGGCCCCAGUCCCUGUGCAGACGGCCCCCCACUAUGCUGACUGUGCUGUCCUCCCAGUGGGCGCUGUGGCUGCAGAGCAGUGGGUGGAGGACUCCGCUGUGGUGGCGUGGAGCCUAGCAUCUGAGCCUGUGCCCCAGGAAGAGGCUCCCAUCUGGCCUUUUGAGGGCUUGGGGCAGUUGCAGCCUCCCCCACUAGAGAUCCCAUAUCACGAAAUCUUGUGGCGAGAAUGGGAAGAUUUCUCCUCUCAGCCAGAUGUCCAGGGCCUGGAGGCGGGGGAUGGCCCUCAAUUCCAGUUCACACUCAUGUCCUACAACAUCCUGGCCCAGGACCUGAUGCAGCAGAGCUCGGAGCUCUAUCUGCAUUGCCACCCGGACAUCCUCAAUUGGAACUAUCGCUUUGCGAACCUCAUGCAGGAAUUCCAGCACUGGGACCCCGAUAUCCUGUGUCUCCAGGAAGUCCAGGAAGAUCAUUACUGGGAGCAGCUGGAGCCCUCUCUGCGCAUGAUGGGCUUUACCUGUUUCUACAAGAGGAGGACCGGGUGUAAAACAGAUGGCUGUGCUGUCUGCUACAAACCUACGAGAUUCCGUUUGCUCUGUGCCAGCCCUGUGGAGUACUUCCGGCCUGGCCUGGAGCUCCUCAAUCGGGACAACGUGGGCUUAGUGUUGCUGCUGCAGCCACUAGUCCCAGAAGGCCUGGGGCAAGUCUCGGUGGCCCCCCUGUGUGUGGCAAAUACCCAUGUCCUGUACAACCCACGCCGGGGCGAUGUCAAGCUGGCUCAGAUGGCCAUCCUCUUGGCCGAAGUGGACAAGGUGGCCAGGCUGUCCGAUGGCAGCCACUGCCCUAUCAUCUUGUGCGGGGACCUGAAUUCCGUCCCUGACUCGCCUCUCUACAACUUCAUCAGGGACGGAGAGCUGCAGUACCACGGGAUGCCGGCGUGGAAGGUAUCUGGACAGGAAGACUUCUCCCAUCAGCUUUACCAGAGGAAGCUGCAGGCUCCACUAUGGCCCAGCUCCCUGGGCAUCACUGAUUGCUGUCAGUAUGUCACCUACUGUCACCCCAAGAGAUCAGAGAGGCGUAAGUAUAGCCGAGACUACCUGCUGCGUUUCCGCUUCUGCAGCAUCGCUUGUCAGCGACCGGUGGGGCUGGUUCUCAUGGAGGGAGUCACAGACACGAAGCCAGAGCCACCUGUUGGCUGGGCUGAGUCUGUCCUUGAGGAAGACACAUCUGAGCCUGAGCCCGUCUUCCCCAGGACCGUGGGCACCAUCCAGCACUGCCUCCAUUUGACCUCCGUAUAUACCCAUUUCCUGCCCCAGCAUGGCCGCCCCGAGGUCACCACUAUGCCCUUGGGUCUUGGAACAACAGUGGAUUACAUCUUCUUCUCAGCUGAGUCCUUUGAGAAUGGGAACAGAACUGGUCAGCCUGAUCGCAGGCUGUGUCAAGAUGGAACUCUCAAGCUCCUGGGCCGUCUCUCCCUCCUCUCUGAAGAGAUUCUCUGGGCUGCCAAUGGCUUACCCAACCCCUUCUGCUCUUCAGACCACCUCUGCCUGCUGGCCAGCUUCGGGAUGGAAGUCACUGCCCCAUGACAGCUUCCAGGGGAAGAGAGCUUCUCUUCCAGAAGAGUGAGCUCACUGGAUCAGAGACUGUGGAAAUAUCCAAUGCUUCUGGAAGCUUAGAUCCAAGGAACUUAUGUCCCCACCCCUCUCCCUCCUCGUCCCUUCCCCAUGGUUAGAUACUCUCCAGGCCUGUCCACGUGCUCUGCCUGUGGUCCCUGCCCACCCCCACCUCUUCCUGAUCCUGUGCCACGUAUUCAGUGGUCUUGGGAGAGGCUGAACAAGGGGCUUCCCCUUCUUCCAUGUAUCCAGUGCUCCCCCUUGAUUUUUAAUUACCAGGGUUGCGGGAGCUAUUGAUCUCAUUGGUUAUUUGCUUUCAGGCUGUUUCUUGGUAGUAUGUUCUGACCCAGUCAGUCUUCUUGCCUCUUGUGACCUCCGGGCCCAACCCCCUUUCCAGGCACACACACGAGGUGUGUGUAGCAUGUGUGCAUCCUCUCAGGGCUCGACUGCUGCACAUAGCCAGGCCUGCGUCUGACCAGCCCACUCCCACACUGGGACAGUCGGCCAGAAGGCAGCCAAGAGCGUGACCUGGAAGUUGUGUGUUGCCAGGCAGCAGCCGGGGGCUGGCCCGUCUCUCCUUUUUUCCUGUUUCCUUAGGCACUCACCAUGCCAGCGGGGCAUAUUCCCAUCUGGGCUGUGGGGACGAGUGGGCCCACAGUCUGGGGAACACAUCUGGGGAUGCCCUGCCUGCCUCCGUAACCUCUGAGGCUCCCAUCCAGAGAUCGCUGCAGACCUGACAUGUUUUCUCUAAGUCAUGGCCCACUCUCCAGGCUGCCCUUAGGGAAGCAGAAGUUUGUAGACUGGGAUCAUGGUUUAAGGCUUCAAAACUCUUAAAGGAUGAGGAGAAAGAACCUCUAGAAAGUUCUUGUCUCACAGCAGUCUGCAGCCCACAAAACUGGGGUGAGGUUAGGAGCCCCGAGGGGUUGGGGUGAGAGCAGGUGGGCUGUGCAGCUGCUUCAGCUGGGACUCAAGACCUCAGGGACUUGUUUCUCUUCUGCACACCUGAGCAGCAAUUUUCUGUGCCUCUUUCCCACCAUUUGUUCCUUUUUGCUGCCUCUCCCAUUCCCUCCCUUGUUUCCCCUAGGAGAGCCUGACUCUUAGCUCAGCCACACCUGGUUCCCAGCAGGGGUGGCCCUGUGCAUACUGGUCGGAGGACUGGAGGUGGCUGUGGUGGCCUAGCUUGCAGAUUUGCUCGGGCCAGCAAGACCUUGGCUGUUCAUUGCCUCUGCAUCGCCUCUCCUACGGCAGGGCCGCCCCGUCAGCCCUCGGGGCUCCCUGGCUCACACUGUAUCACCCGCAUGCCUUAAUCUCUCAUUGCUGGGAUGGGGCCUGGGGUGUUCUGGGGCCAACUCCCCCACCUCUCCCUUAACUCAGGUAGCUGCCGACCCUUGCAGACACGGCUGGCUUCGCCCACUUGGCCUCCAGAGUGGAACUGAAGGCAAUAGGCGAGAGGCUGGAGUUAAGGACAGUUAGCCAGAGGUUAGUGCUUUUUGCUUUUUUUGAAAGCCAAAGACCCAGCUUGAAUUCUGCUGCUGCGUUCAUGGUUACAAACUUCCCACACCUAGGUUCUGGGGAAUUUAUCUCUGCAUGCGUUUUCGUUUUUGGUUUUGAACAUUAUUUACUGGGUACUGGGCAUGUGCCUGUCUGAGCCCCAGGCCCACUGCCCACAGCCCACCCUUGACUCUUGUCCUUCCCUGGGCACCUCCCGAGAUGGUGUCAAGUCACUGUCCUGGCGGUUCAGAGGACGAUGGUCCAUCCUGGUCCCCUUCUGCUAUGAAAUGCAGUUUAAAAUGGCUGAAGAGGAUAGAGGGAGGAGCAUGAUAGGUGAUCUUUCCUUUGUUUUCAUGUUUAUUUCUGUUCUGGAAAUGAAAUGGGGUUUUAAAUGCUCACCUAAGCUCUCUUUUCCAAAUAAAGGUUUGCCUUUUCCCCCUA